AAACCCUAUUUUUUCAGCUAAGCAUUUGCACAAACACUUCAUCUGCAACUUUCAACAACAUCCAUGGCGGAUCAACCUUCUUCAUCCCCAACCUCCAUUGACCCCUACAAACUCCUCAAAAUCGUCCCCAACCCUGAUGGCUCCCUCACCCGCUUGACCACUUUCCCCACCGUCUCCCCAACUCCCACCCCCACCGAAUCCAUUUCCGCCACGGCCGCCGAGUCAGACUCCAACUCUCCCCAACUCGUCCUCUCCAAGGACAUUCCCUUAAACCCAGAAACAAAAACCUUCUUCAGGCUCUUCAAACCCCACCCUCUCCCCCCAAACCACCGCCUCCCUCUCAUCAUCUACUUCCACGGAGGCGGCUUCGUCCUCUUCUCCGCCGCCUCCAAACCAUUCCACGACUCCUGCUCUCGCAUGGCCCUCACUCUCCAAGCCCUGAUUAUCUCCGUCGAGUACCGCUUGGCUCCCGAACACCCUCUUCCUUCAGCCUACGAUGACGCCGUCGACACCAUCGCCUGGGUCCACCGCCAGGCCUCCGACGUCGACGGCUGCGAUCCCUGGUUGAAAGACGCCGUUGACUUCUCCAGGUGCUUCCUAAUGGGCAGCAGCGCCGGAGCUAACAUCAUCUACCACGUGGGUUUACGCCUCUCGGGUGAUGAUCUCUUGCCGAUGAAGAUCCGAGGGCUGAUACUCAACCAGCCUUAUUUCGGCGGGGUCCAUAGGACUGAAUCCGAGACGAGGUUGAUCAACGACCGGAUAGUGCCGCUGGUCGCCACCGACUUGCUGUGGGCAAUGGCUUUGCCGAAGGGCGUUGAUCGGGAUCACGAGUAUUGUAAUCCGACGGCGGGAGGUGGGGAUGGGAGGAUCGAACGGUUGCCGAGGUGUUUGGUUAGAGGGUAUGGUGGGGACCCGCUGCUGGAUAGGCAGAAGGAGUUUGCGGCGUUACUUGAGUCACGUGGGGCGCACGUGGUGGCCAAGUUUGACGAGGGGGGUUAUCAUAGCGUGGAGCUCUUCGACCCUAGCAUGGCCCAAGCUCUAUACGACAUUAUUAGGGAUUUUAUGGAGUCGUGCGAUGCAUACGACGGUGAUAAUAUUGUCGUUUCAAAAUCGGCGAUUUGAGAGAGAAGGCUAAUAAGCUGACAUGGCUUACUGGAAAACGCCAUUUUGGUUGAUGUUACUUUCGCUUGUAUUGAGUUUUAACCACAAUAAGGCAUAUCCAAUGAUUAAAUUAAAAUAAAGGAGAAUGCUCCGAGUCUUUCUAUUUAAA